AUGUUUUGUUGUGAUGAGAGUUACGCAAUACAAAAAUGUAAAAAGGUGGUCGACAUUGCGAUGGUUGUAGACGAAUCGGGUUCCAUUGGUCGCGGAGACUUUGAGAAGAUCAAAACGUUUGUCGCUGACAUAAUUUCCCGCUUCAGCGUUGCCCCAUUCGGCGCUCAUUUUGCCGCCGUAAAAUACAGCACCCGUCCAACCGAGGUGUUUUCUCUCACCAAGUAUACCAACGCUGCACAGCUACAUACCGCUGUCCGAAACAUGAACUACGUCGGUGGAAGCACGUUUACAGGAAAGGCACUGCAGUUGGUUGAGGAAAAGAUAUUUGGGCAGUCGCAAGACCGAGGCGACGUACCAAACGUUUUAGUUGUAUUCUCGGACGGGCAGUCACACGACCACAGCAAAGCCGUUAAUAUGGCACGGAAAAUGAAGGAGAAAGGCGUCGCAAUUCUUUGUGUCGCAAUCGGUAACGGGAUAACCGUCAAUAGACUGACGAGAAUGCUCCAGCAAAUAUCCAGCAAACCUGAGUACACCUUUAAGUCGUCCGUAAACGCACUGAAUACCAUCGAAGAUUCAUUGGUCAAGAACAUGUGUGAGACUAUCAGUGCUUGUGCAAGCCAGCCCUGCAAGAAUGGAGGAGAAUGUGUGGAUGAUGGCAACAACGGGUAUACGUGCAAGUGUUCGCUGAACUGGGAAGGAAAAAAUUGUGAACUGCCCAAAUGGUGCCCGGCUGCAUCGUUUUCAAAAUGGGGUUGUUACAAGACUCCUCGACCAAGACCAGCCACAGCAAAACUUCUGUUCAACCGACGCAACGCCAUUGAUUGGUUUGAAGGAUGGGAUAAAUACCUCGAAACUAUUGUUUGCGAUUGUGGCAAGGAGGCGAAGAAGACUGGCCACAAGUAUUUCUUGAUUGAGUUUUACGGCGAAUGCUGGGGCUACAAAGAUUUCGACGUGAAUCAGCCUCACGCUGGCGCUAAGAAAUGCUGGGGGAAACGUCCCAACUACGACACCUGCAUUCAUAAUCAAAAAAAUCCAAUCUGCGUUGGAACUGGUCACCAUGGAUACGUCUACCAACUCGAUUGAUUGCGUGUAAAUUUUUCACAAGAUGUUUUAAGUACAGAAAACUAAAGAAAUUCAAAAGAUGAAAUAUAAUACAUAAUAAAGAAUUCUAAAUAUAAGUGACGUGUUUAUGAAU